AUGGGCCGCGGUCACUGGUCAAUGGCUGGAAGUAGCAGCUAUGAUGGAGCCAGGUCGCGUGAGCCUCGGGCAGCUUUGCCACGGGGUGAGGAGAAGGAGCGAGCUGAGGUUACAGCAGCGAACAGCCAAGGUUAUCGGAGAACUGUGGGGUGGCUCGGGACGAGUGUUUGUGUGGAUAGGAGCGUUUGGUGUGUGCGACGACACCUCCUUCCUUGGGCCGAUGAUGCGGCAAUCGAUCGAGUUGGUCAAUCAAUCGAACGAGCGAGCAAGCAAUCAGUCACUGGCGCGGAAGAUGUAGAGCCACGGCGCGUUUGCAGCGGUUGGGAGCUGUUGUGGGGUUUGGUGGAUGUGGCCGUUGUGGAGGCUCGAUUCGUCAAGCAAGCCGCUGCUGCUGCACUGCAACAGGAUGUGGAAAGGUUUGUGAGGCGCGGGAAAGCAGAGGCGAGGCGGAAGAGGCGAUCACGGCGUGCGGGAUGCAAGGCCGGGGAAAAGGAAACCGACGCAGGAGGAGCUGCUGGUGGUGGAGAGAAAAGGCGGGGACGGGUUGGAGUAGCGGAUGGAUGGGCGAGAAGGCGUGUACAGUAUAAAACGAGGAGUGAGAGGUAGGAAAGGGAGAAAGAGAGAAAGAAAGAGAGGGAGAGCGAGGAGGAAGAGGAGGAGCAGAGACUGAAAGCGAGAGUCUGCGAGGCGGUGAUUGGGCCCAAGGCGUCAGUCCGUCCCGAGAGAGAAAGAGAGAGCUCGAGCCGAAUGUGCACCCGACGAGCAGCAGAGCAGAAAUCAAAAGCACAAAAAGCACCCGACCCAACAGUUGACGAGAGCGACGUGCGCCUUGCAUCGUCUUGUCCAGAGUCGCGGCUCCAUCUGAUUCAUGACGAUGGAAAAGGAUGGAUGACCACCCCAGGCCAAUCCCAGCCCACCAAAGCCCGCCAGAGCCCGCCAAAGCUCGGGACAGCGCUCCACUGUAGCGGU